AACAUCGAUCAACAUUUGCUGUACUGACACAUCUUGUUUUUUGCAUAAAUAAAUAUAAUCUAUGUUUUAUAUAUUUUCACGAAUGUUCAAUUUGAACGUAUUAAACAAAAAACGAACUGCUGCAAAGCAAAUUCAACAAUAAUUGACGAAAAUAUCUUAGCGACUGCAUUGCGGAACGUGCAUACUCGGGAACAAUGAACCAUGUUGAUGAAAUAAAAAUCGAUCAGCCUGCUCUUAGUUUCGAAAAGUCACCCGAGAGUGAUGAGGAGCAUAGGAAACGGCUGGAGAUAGAAGAAUUAAUUGCACAGAGCGAGAACCACAAUAUACCUUUGAAUACUCUGCAAAAGUUAGCCUUGACGCCCUAUGGAUUGGUAAACGAUAAUUUGCGACGGAUUUUGUGGCCGCAGUUGGCUGGCGUUGAUGUGAAUACUUUGGAGCGUGCUCCAACUCUUGGGGAAUUGCAAAAUCAUCCAGAAUACAAUCAGGUGGUCUUGGAUGUAAAUCGGUCCUUGAAAAGAUUUCCCCCUGGAAUACCAUACGAACAACGUAUUGCACUACAGGAUCAACUAACUGUUCUAAUUCUACGGGUUAUUAAAAAGUAUCCGAAUCUGCGCUACUAUCAAGGCUAUCAUGAUGUGGCAGUAACAUUUCUCCUGGUUGCUGGAGAAGAAGUGGCAUAUGCCAUAAUGGAGCAACUCUCGACCACGCACUUUUCCGAGUGCAUGCAAGAGACAAUGGAGGCCACGCAAAGGCGGCUGAUGUUUAUCUGGCCUGUGGUCAAUUUUGAGAAUCCAGAGCUCUACCAGUUUCUUCAACGGUCUACGGUAGGCACUCUAUUUGCGUUACCGUGGUACUUGACCUGGUUUGGACACAGUUUAAAUUCAUACAAAGCUGUGGUCCGUCUAUACGACUACUUCCUUGCAUCAAAAAUGUACACGCCAAUAUUUGUGACGGCCGCGAUUUUACUGCAUCGUUCAAGCGAAAUAUUUAAGGAGGACUGUGAUAUGGCAUCAGUGCAUUGUCUCUUAUCAAGGCUACCAGAAGAUUUGCCAUUUGAAGAUCUAUUGCAAACUUCAAGCAUGCUCUAUGAUAAGUACAGCUUGACGGUAAUAGAAAAAGAAGUUGAAGUGCUAAUUCUUAAAGAGAAAGAACAGAGGAUCGCCGAAGAAAAAAUGCUUCUGGAGAGACGAAAGAAGCUUACGCGUUCCGCGUCCACAAAUCGAAGCUACAGCAUAGGUCACUGGCUCCCUAACUUGUUGAAAUCAAAGUCGUUGCUAGUGACAACAGCUGUUUCUAUUGUGGUUGGCGUUUGUGCAUAUUAUUACAAGAAUCAGUAUCUGGCGGCGGGAAUCAGCUGAGUGUCGGAUUCUUAUCUAGCUUUAAUUCCGAGAUGUAUCGUCAGGUUUGAGCCCAUUCGGCCGAAAUGGAUUUGUAUGGCUGAGAUCUCGCUUAAGCGAUUAUAAUUUCUUUAAACAAAAAAAUAGAUAAAAUUGGCAAGGCCAAAAAUUAUUAUAUUUUUACUAAGUGUAUUUA